GCGCUCUCUGCUCGGUUUUGGCGGGGGUUCGGAUUGAAGAUUUCUGUUCCAUGUUUUCAGCUCAUUGGUGUUUAAUUUCUUUUUGUGUGUGGUGAGGUUUAUAGAAUAGCGUUUGCUUCUUCUGUGAAUAAUGUUUUGUGAAAAAGCUAUAGAGUUAAUCCGAGAGCUCCAACGAGCAGCGGAGGGUCAACUGCCCGCUUUUAAUGAGGAUGGUAUCAGGCAAGUUCUUGAAGAGAUGAAAGCUUUGUAUGAACAGAACCAAACUGAUGUGAAUGAGGCUAAAUCUGAUGGCAGGACAGACUUAAUCCCAACAAUCAAGUUUCGUCACUGCUGUUUGCUGAGGAAUAAACGCUGUAUUUUAGCAUAUCUAUAUGACCGUCUAUUGCGAAUUCGAUCAUUAAGGUGGGAAUAUGGAAGUGUUCUACCAUCGAGAAUUCGGUUCCACUUUGCUGCUGAGGAGACUGAAUGGUUCAACCAGUACAAAAAGUCACUUGCCACAUACAUGAAGUCUAUUGGAGGUGAAGGAGGAUUGGAUAUAACUCAAGAUAUGAAACCUCCAAAAAGUUUGUUUAUUGAAGUAAGGUGUUUGAAAGAUUAUGGUGAAUAUGAAAUUGAUGAUGGUACUACAGUGCUUCUGAAGAAAAACAGCCAGCAUUUUAUGCCCAGGUGGAAAUGUGAACAGCUAAUUCGUCAGGGGAUCCUGGAGCACGUGCUGUCCUGAGUUCCAGUUUAAAGAAAAUUACUUUUUAAUUCCCUUUUGGUUACUUACUUAAAACUGCUGCUUUGGUUCUUGGCAGUAUCUUGUAGACAGUGAACUAAAAUGUGAUUUAAUUGUGAGCAUCAGCUUUAACUUUUCAGCCAGUUUUAAAAUUCUUUGGCUGUUAGUUUAAUUCUCCUUUUAUAAUUAGAAACACUAAUUUUCAUGUAAGAUUUCAUGAGGUUUAUGUUUAUAGUUUAAGGAGCAUUGAGAACUAUAAUAGGCCUUGUAGGUUUCAGACAAAUCAGAUUGUAAUAAGAAACUAAGUCUACAUCACAGACAUGGGUUGCUAUUUGGUAGUUACUACAAUUGUAUACUCAAGCGAAUAUGGAUAUUUACAAAAGGUAUUAACCAUGAUCAUGCUAUGGGAGUCUGCACCUCAGUUGCAUGAACUGAUCUAUGUAACAUGAAGGGAAUUAUGAAAAAAAAUGUCAUUAGUGCAGGGAGUGGCUGUAUUCUGAGCCAGGACACCUGGGUUCAGUUUUCUCUCUUCCCCUAUGCCUUCUCCAGGUGGUAUGUAAUAAUAUCUCUAACAGAUUGAUUGAUUAGAAAAUGUCCAGAGAAGAUAUUUGUUGGCACCUUUGGAACAGUGAAAAUGUCCCUAUCUCUGCCCCAGAAGGCCUGGGUUAGAGUCCUACCUGCUUCAAAGAUGUGAAUAAUAUGUCUGAACAGGUUGAUUUUUUAAAAAAAAUCCAGCGAAUAAAUUAGUUUAUGGCACAGUAGUAGUAUCCAUACUUCUAAACCCAGGCCUCCUCGCUCACAGUUCCCCCUCUCCAUAAGUGUGUCAUAAACAUCUCUAUACAAGUCAUUUGAAAGUAUGUAAAUAAUUCAAAUCAAUAUAAUUGGAUAAUUUUUAAUUUUAUAAAAGUUUAUCAAUAGUAUCAAAGUCAGUUAAAUUUUAAAAAUAGUUUCUUAACAUCAGGGUCAGCAUUUACAGAUUGUCUUCAAAUAACUGAACAUUUGUACAUAGUUUUCAUAUCAAAACUCCAUUUUGCAUAUCCAGUAAUCAAGCUACUUUAGGAAAAAAGUAAAUAUGACAAAACAAGAUCAAAUACAGUGAAUGUAAAAUAAAAAGUAACAUCAAUAUCCCACUUAUUCAACAGUAUGAUUAUAGACAUACAAAAAUGUACUUAAACCCUUGGGGUCUGUGCUGAGUGUUUGUGAAGUCUUUUGAGGGCUGUUACUAUUACAUUAUUGCCGUAGAUGCAUUACCUUCAGGAAAAUCCAUACCAAUUAUUUAAGUCACUUUCAAAGGUAGGAGCAAGCACGUUAGUGUGGUUUAUUGAUGGGAAAAGUUGAUAAUCUUUAGUCAAGUUGUAUAAAACAGAUGUCCUAAUAAGCAACGGAGUUGGUGCAUAAAACAGAAUUGUACAAAAAUUUGGAGCAUUGCAUAAUAGAGGAAAAGAAUCUGAAUAGAAUACCAAGGGAGGACUUGAUUUCAGUUGAUUAUACAUGGAAAGAUCAGUAUCAAAAUAAUUUUAUUGGGAUGGAGGACUAUUAUUUGCUUUGUAAAAAGUGUCAGAGGUAAGUGGUCUUGCAAAAGCAAAAUACUGUAGAUGGUUGGAAUGAGAAAUAAAAACACGAAAUGUUAGAAAUUAAACAGCUUGGCAACGAGAGAAAGUGUAUUUCCAUUUUAAGACCAUCAACCCAAAAUGUUGAGUAUGGUGGUGUUUUGACACAUUUAAGAGAGAGAGGCUGGAGCAAUUUUUCUUAACACUCUGUUUAAAGCUGCAAUUUUCUCAUCCAGCAAGAAGUUCUUUCUCUCAGCACCUUUUUGCCGCUGCUCUGUGAUCUGCAAAGCUUUCAUCAACUGGGCAUUCUCCACAUACAGAUCCUUCAAUAUCGAAUCAGAUUUGGCAUUCUUUGCAUACUGCAGGCAAAAAAAAUAAUCAAUUUGUUACACUUACAUUUGUGCAGUAUUUAGCAUAGUAACAUGUCCAAAGAUGUUACUGGAGCACUCUGCCACAAUGGGCCAAUUUUCUUUUGAGCAAGUGCAAGUCACAUUGAGUUUGAAGGAGUUAUUUUCAGCACAAGGUGACUUUACUCUUUACUCAAUAUCUUAUCUUGGUAUUGACUGUGCUGUUUGGUGUUUUGGCCCACACAAAGUUCAAUCCCAUUUUACUAAACUCUAAAAGGUAUGUGUAAAAAUCUAUGGCAUUUCCAAACAAGCAACUAAUGUCAAUUAGCAAGCCAUUAUUAAUAAUGCAUUUAAUUAAAAUCCUCACACCACCCAAACAAGUCUGAAUUUAUUACUGCGCAGUCCUUACAGUCUAGAGAAAUGUGUCGCCAGAUGAGAAACACCCAAAGGACCUUAAUGAAAAAGUGGUGUAGUUGCACUGAAGAUAGGGGCAGCUUAUGAGGCAAACUAGCUUAUUUUUGCCUGUAAAUCCUACAUUUAAGAUAUUCUGAAGUGUACAAGUCUGAUAAACACUGCAUAUCUUUUAUUUUAAUGUAUUUCUGUUCACAUCAAGAUCUAAAGCAGUGGUUUAUGACUGCCAUAAUAUUAUUUGAUAUUAACCUUGUAGUUAAAUUUACUUGCCUGUUCCUUGAGCUGGUUCACCUUAUCUUGAAGCAUCAUUCGUACAUGUUUCAGCUUUUGUUCAACCUCCUCCAUUCUUUCCUCCAUUUGCUUUAGAAGUCUUUUGUACUCCUCCUGAAAUGGAACACAAUGUCCAGGCUCUUGAAUAAAAGAAAUCAUUUUUUCACAACUCAA